CAUAUUGAAUAUAUCACGAUUCGAGUUUCCAUGUUAGCUUAGCAGAGAGCUGCCUUGUCUUAAAAUGCGUUUUUCCUGAUUUAAUGUAGGUUACGCAGAUACAGAUUAUAAGCGACAUCUAGCAAAAUCAUUAGCUAUCUUGUCAGGAGCUGUUCGGUGAUGUUUACAAUCCUCGUCUUCCUUUCGUUGGUCUGUGGGCUGGAGGGAGCAGAUGUGGUCCUGUCCUGCUCUCUGAUCGAGGAAGGGGGCGGGAUGGGAGGCAUGAUGGGCGGGGCGAUGUUCAAGCGCACUCCCUCCACUCUGGUCUUCAGGGAUCUUGUUGGGAAUGAUGGUCUGUCACCAGAGCUCGUGACCCCGUAUAACCCCCCUGAGACCCCUAACGCUGACGAUCUCAUCUUUGAGUUGACGUUACCAUCUAUUCAGGUUCCUAAUGCAGACUUGCUUCUUCAUGCUGAUUGCAAUGAACAGGAAGUGGUUUGUGAGAUCAGCCGUUAUGUUCCUCGCGGUGCUGAGCUGGAUUCCCUGCCUGCUCAUUUCAUCGGCUCAGUUCAGCUGGAAGGUGGCGGCAUCAGCCUCACUCUGGUGCUGCAGACCCUUCACAGUGAGACGACACAAUCUGACACGCAGCCGCUUAUGCAGAGUAAACUGAACCUGCCUCUCAGCCAAUCAGGAACACUGCGGACAGAGGUCGUGUUUGUGGUGUUUUCGCGUGUCCCAUCCAUCGUGGCUCCAAUCGGGGGUGAUGUGCUGUUAGACUGUGGCUUCAGACAGAAGAACUCUGUCCCUGGGCAGGACGUGGCACUCGAGUGGCGCAUACAACACAAAGGCAAUGGGCGUAAAAUACUUGACAUGAAAGCGAGGGAAACAGGGGCAGAUGUGGGACAAGAUUUAUUUGUGGACCGGGAAGGCACGAGCGCUGAACCAGAUCUUCUGGUGAGGGACGGUAAUGCGUCUCUGACUCUGAGGAGGUUAAAGGUCACAGAUGAGGGCACAUACAUCUGUACUGUCGGCUCUGGGGAGUUUCAGACUCAACAGAUCGUGCAGCUGCACAUCACACAACCUCCUCGUAUCACACUGUCUGAGGAGAAACUGACAUUUCAGGACACUACACCCCAGAAACUGAGCUGCCAUUGUCAUCGCUACUAUCCUCUGGAUGUGCAGGUGGAGUGGUUUUCCCAGGCGCCCUCUGAAGAAGAGCCUGUCUCUUUGUCAAAAGAAUCCUCCCUCUCCAGCCAUCGGCAGCACAGUGAUGGAACAUAUUCCCUCUCCUCUCACCUCACCCUACAGCCUGACAAAAACCCACCGGGGACCGUUAUCACCUGUAGGGUGUCUCAUCCCACCCUAGAAACACCGAGCGAUGCCACCCUCACUGUGGACAAACCUGAGCCACAAACAGCCUUCUGGACCAUAGUUUUGAUGUUGGCGAUAUCAGUGGUGUUUUUAUAUCAAGCUUUCAAAGAGAAUUGAGGACCAGUCUUCUGCGUGAAUUUUUGGAAGGAGCCAUCUUACGUUUUUUUACUUCAUCUGUCUGCACUGUCUUCACAUGGGUUUAUUUUCAUUCAGUCAUGGUACAUUUGUUUAAUAGAAGUUAAAGGGGUGGUUGACUGCUUUAUUUCUUGGCUUGAUUGUGUUUAUGGGGUGCAGUGUAACAUAUCAUGCUUCAAAAAAAAAAAGAGCAGGCCAUCGCCAUCUUGGCAGCCCACCUAGCUCGACGAUAGUGUCAGCAGCAUAGACUGUGAGAAAAAAUGUGGACAUAGUGUCCUUGACGUCAUCCGUAGGUUUCCGAAGAGCGUUUUUGAGGCCGGAGCCGGCCGUUGCCAUCUUGGCAGCACGUCACCGUGCGUCACUCCCGGAUAAUUGAAAAUGGGCAAAGAGGCGGGAGCUGGUUGCUGGAGCCACGCCCACCUAGCUAGACGGCAGUGUCAGCAGCGGCAAUCCUCCUGUCACUCAAGUGGCCA